UUCAAAGUAAUUUUUGUUCUAUCUUUCUUUUGACAGUUUUUGAAUAAUCUUUUUUGGAGAAGUAGAUCGAAAAACAUUUACUAAUAGUUUUUCUUAUCUAAUUUGGAAAAUUUAAUGAUAAAUCGUGUUCCAUGAAAUUUCUUAAUACGGCACUGCGACUGGUGUAAGGUUAUCCAAUCAAAAUGCGAGAUGCUGCUAGUAUUCUUUAAUGCAUUUUCUGCUAGAUAUUUAUUGCAUGCAAUCAUUGUUGUAAAUAAUUGAAGUUUUUAUUACUUAAUAAUUAUUUGUUAAAUAAUAAGUUGUUUUUAAAAUAUGGCAGAAAUCCUUCGACGAAAAGUAUUGCAUCAAUUUAAAAAAUUACACAGAACUAGAUUAAAUACAUUUAAAGGAGAUGAAUAUGCAUUGAAAGUUGUGAGGGCUAAAAUAAAUGAAGAGUACCGGAAGAAUAAAGAUAUUAUGAAUUAUGCUGAUAUAGAAAAGUUAAAUAAAACUGCGCAAGAAGUUGAACAAGAAAUAAGGAAGACCGUAAUCCAAGCAGUCGAGAAGAAGCCUGGAAUAUUUGCUCUUCGAAUUACACCUGAAAUGUUAGAGGACAAUGCAACAUGUGGAAAUUCACUUAGUUCAAAUAAUAAUCAAAGUAACCUAGCUAAUAAAAAACCUGUGUGUGGAGAGAAUAUCAAAAAAUUGUAAUUUUCGAUAGAUAGAUUUCCUAAGAAAAUAAUUUCCUAGAUUGUAUGUAUAAUAUGAUUGAUUAGAGCUAUACAUUUGUAUAUAGUAAAAAAAAAA